AUGGAAAAAGAACCAAAUGACAAAAUUAUUCUUAAAAACUUGGCUUUACGAAGUAUAGUUGGCGUCGACGCUUGGGAACGUGUAAAAUGUCAACCCAUUGUAGUAAACAUCACGGCAGAAAAGAGUAUUUCAAAAGCUGGCGAAACGGACGAACUUUCUCACACCACAAGCUAUUCUGAUAUGAAUAAGGCCAUUACAAAAUUCGUCGAGGAAUCGACUCACGAGUCGAUCGAGAUAUUGGCAGACGGAAUUUCAAAAAUCUGCUUGAGUAAGUUUAACGUACAAAAGGUCACGGUUCGUGUAGAGAAGCCCCGAGUAUUAUUACACGCAGCCUCUGCGGGUGUAGAGAUAACACGUACCGAGGAAUACAUUGAAGCUGUUUCUGCUAAUGACAGUCAAGAUAUCAUAUUUGUUAAGGAUCUGAAAUUAAGUACAAUAAUCGGCAUAAAUCCUUGGGAACGAGAAACAAAGCAAAUCGUAAUAUUGAACUUGACAAUUUACACCGAUUUUCGUAAUGCCGGUUCGCAACGUGAUUUUAGAACAAUUGUGAAGAAGAUAUCAGAGCACGUUGAAGAAUCGUCCUAUAAAACGGUAGAGGCGAUUUCUACUUCCAUUACAAGAAUUGCUAUUACACAAUGUGACGUUGAAAAGAUUACCGUUCGUGUAGAAAAACCAAGUGCAUUAACAUUUGUCGAAUCGGCUGGAAUCGAGAUCACCCGAAACUAUUCGUACUUUGCGAAAACCAUUUUAGACUUGCCAGAUGGAUAUGAACAUUUUGCUUUCAUUGGCCUAGGCUCGAAUAUGGGAGAUCGUUGCGCGAAUAUUAACGAGGCAUUGCGACAGAUAGAGGAAUCUUGCAAUUGUAAGAUAUUAGAUACUUCUUUUUUAUAUGAGACUUCACCAAUGUACAUCACUGACCAACCAAAAUUUUUGAAUGCUACAUGCAAGGUGGCGACAAAAAUAUCUCCAGAAGAACUACUCAAGAAAUUAAAAGAAAUUGAAUUUCUCAUGGGGAGAAUUAAAGUAAUUAAGAAUGGUCCAAGACUUGUUGAUUUAGAUAUUUUGUUUUAUGACGACCUUGAAUAUAACUCUGAAAUAUUAACAAUACCUCAUCCGUUAAUAUGUGAACGUGAAUUUGUCUUACGUCCUCUAUGCGACAUUGCGAGUAAGUUUAAACAUCCAAAGAACCUAAAUACAUGCGAUCAAUUACUUUCCCAAUAUCUAAAAUCUCCGAAUCAUGAUUCAAAAAAUACCGUGAAGAAGAUUUUACCAAUUCAUAGUUCUCAAUGGAUUUUAAAUUCUAGGACUUACAUCAUGGGAAUUCUUAAUGUAACUCCGGACAGUUUCAGUGACGGUGGAUUAUUUAAUAGUGUAGAAAGUGCAGUGGCACAUGCUGAAAAAUUGGCUUUAGAAGGAGCUGACAUCAUAGACAUUGGUGGCAUGUCCACUCGACCAAAUGCAGAUGAUAUUUCUGUUGAAGAAGAGAUCGCACGCGUCAUUCCGAUAAUAAAGGCGAUUCGCGCAAAAGGAAUAACCGAUACACCUAUCUCGAUUGAUACAUUUCGUUCUGUGAUCGCGGAAAAAGCCGUAGAGGCAGGUGCAAACAUAAUCAAUGAUAUUUCUGGAGGGAAAUUAGAUCCUGACAUGUAUCGUGUCAUGGCAAAAGCAAACGUUCCAGUAUGCCUUCAACAUAUGAGAGGUGACUCGAAAACAAUGGCAGAUUUAUCUAAUUAUGAUGACCUCAUAUCGGAUAUAUGCACGGAGUUACUCGAACGAGUACGAAAGGCCAUCAAAGCCGGUGUCAAACGAUGGAAUAUUAUCAUUGAUCCAGGUAUAGGAUUCUCUAAAAAUUUUGCCCAAAAUUUUCAAAUAUUAAGACGAUGUCACGAAUUGGUUGGCGAGGGAAGUCCACUCGAGGGAUUUCCGUGUUUGAUUGGUCCAUCACGAAAAGGAUUCAUCGGAAACGCGACGGGUCAACCUGAUGCCAAAAAACGUGGAUGGGGAACUGCUGCCGCAUGUAGUGCGGCGAUUGCAGGUGGCGUUGAUGUGUUGAGGGUGCAUGAUGUAAAAGAGAUAAUUGAUGUUGCUAAAGUUUCUGAUUGUAUUUGGAGGGAUCGAAACAAUUAA